CAUCUGCACUAAUGUGAGCCUUUAACCCUGUUCCUCUUCAACCUCUCUCUCUUCAUUUUGUUUUAGGCUUUACUGCUUGUGCAAUAGUCAAUAAUUCAUAGUCAGCGACGUUGCCUACAGGUCCUGGUGCAGAGAAAGCAGCUCAGCUCGUCAUUCCUGCAGUGUGCACUCUAGCAGCAGCUCCUGAGAGAGAUACAGAGAAAGCUCGCACGGAUUCAAGGAAGCUGCACACCGAGGACACACAGGACGAGCCUCACUCCCCCUCCCCUGCUUUCUCUCUCAUGCUGUCUCUUCCAGCCCUGCGCUCAGCAUUAUCAGAGCUGCUGGUGUAGUAGGCAGGCUGAUCACUGCCUCCAAACAAGCCACUUUUCACACAGGAGAAACUUCAAGAAGCUAAAGGAUGCUGGAUCCCAAACAGAGAUGGAUCAGGCUGAUCUGCUUGUCGCUCCUAUGUCUGUGUCUCUGCCUGCCGAGGGAAUCGAACGCCAGGAGAGCCCCCAAGAUCCCCCGCUGUCCUGCGACCUGCUCCUGCACCAAAGACAGUGCCUUCUGUGUGGACACCAAGGCCAUCCCUAAGAGCUUCCCACCAGGAAUCAUCUCUCUGACGAUGGUGAAUGCAGCCUUUACUACAAUCCCAGAGGGAGCUUUCUCACACCUUCACCUGCUGCAGUUCCUGUUAUUGAACUCCAAUACAUUCACCAUGAUUGCUGAUGAUGCCUUUGCUGGUCUGUCUCACCUGCAGUACCUGUUCAUUGAGAAUAACGACAUCCAGGCUCUCUCUAAGUACACCUUCAGAGGACUCAAAUCCCUGACUCACCUAUCUCUGUCGAACAACAACCUGCAGCAGCUGCCGAGAGAUCUCUUCAAACACCUUGACAUCCUUACAGAUUUAGACCUGCGGGGAAACUCUUUCCGCUGUGACUGUAAAAUCAAGUGGCUGGUGGACUGGAUGGAGAAGACCAACACCUCAGUUCCUGCGAUCUACUGUGCCAGCCCCUUUGAAUUCCAGGGACGCAGGAUCCAUGACCUUGCACCACGAGACUUCAACUGCAUAAGCGCAGAUUUCGCUGUUUAUGAGACCUUCCGUUUCCACUCUGUGUCAGUGGAGUCCUACGAGUUCAAUGGGGAUCAGUUUGUUGCCUUUGCUCAGCCUGAUUCAGGGUUCUGCACCCUGUAUGUGUGGGAUCAUGUGGAGAUGGUCUUCAGGCAGUUUCAUAACAUAACCUCUCGCUCAGCUGUGUACUGCAAACCUGUGGUGAUCACAGACGGUCUUUACAUGGUUGUGGCUCAACUUUUUGGUGGAUCUCAUAUCUACAAGUGGGAAGAGGACCCACAACGCUUUGUUAAGAUCCAAGACAUUGACACCACCCGUGUUAGGAAGCCAAACUUCGUGGACACCUUCCAGAUCGAUGGGGAGUGGUACUUUGUGGUGGCAGACAGCUCCAAAGCAGGCUCAACCAGCAUUUAUCGCUGGAACAGCAAUGGCUUCUACUACCACCAGUCCCUCCACCCCUGGCAUCGGGACACCCAUGUGGAGUUCCUUGAUGUUGGAGGAAAGCCUCACCUGAUCCUCUCCAGCGCCUCUCAGCCUCCGGUGGUUUACCAGUGGAACCGAAACCAGAAGCAGUUUGCUUUCUUCUCCCAGAUAACAGAGCUGGCUGACGUGCAGAUGGUGAAGCACUUCUGGGUGAGGAAGGUUCUCUACCUUUGCCUGACGCGCUUCAUAGGUGACUCCAAGAUCCUGCGCUGGGAGGGGCAGCGCUUCGUGGAGAUCCAGACUCUUCCGUCUCGUGGCUCGAUGGCGGUGUAUCCUUUCACAGUGGGCCUCCGGCAGUACCUCAUCCUGGGAAGUGACUUCUCUUUCUCCAGAGUUUACCUGUGGGAUGACCUCACUCAGCGCUUUCAGCCAUUCCAGGAGCUCAACAUGAGGGCCCCGCGGGCGUUCAGCCUGGUCUCUGUUGACAACAAGGACAUCCUGCUGGCUGCAAGCUUCAAAGGCAACACCCUGGCCUACCAGCACCUGGUGGUGGAUCUCAGUGCAAAGUAGACAUGUACAGUAGACAUGUUUGCAGAGUAAAAGAAGGUGUUUCCGAGUAUAUUUCAACAUGUGCCAAAUAAACGAGAGACUGCAAGAUGUUUAAGCCAUGUAACUAAAGGUCUGCUGUUUCAAGCGUGUAAAAGCUAGGCUACUAAUUAAAUAAUUUAACUAUUAUAUGCACUAUCCCGUAACAUCUGAAUGAAGUGAUGUGAUAACACACAGCAUCAGCAACAUGCCAACACAAGUGUCUUGUCACUGCCGCAUCACCGCUUCUGUAUUGCAUAAAAUAUAUCCAGGCCAAUAUUUUUGAAAGAAAUGUCUUGUAUAUUGUGCUUUGAUAAUGUGAAAACGAUGUGCAUGUGCAGCUUCUGACUGAUUCGCUGGAUGAGACAGGAUAUCAGAAAUGAUUAAAACUUCUGAGGUUCAUAGGUUACCCUGUGUAGGUCAUUUGUGUAGAAUAUUGCAUGUGAUGGUUCAAAUCAUAAAACUAUGUAAAACAAGCAAUACUAACCAUGGCAAUACUUUAGAUCUUUGAUUGUUUUUAUCUUUAUAAAGGAGAUACCUCUGAAUCUGUUUUGGUUGUAACAGAUGUAAUGUUCAUUCUGCAGUAAAAACAGGGGAUCAGAGCCAACAUGAGGAAAGAGCAACAUGAAGCCUCGAAAUGAACUGAAUAUUUAUGUCUGUUUUUUUGCCAUAUGACUUUAUAUUCUAAAGAUUUAUAAUCUGAUUUUGUUUUAAUGACCAAACCCAAAAAAACGUCACCAAACUUCCUGACAUUGGCGUAGAUCUUGUAAAGUGUACCUUACUAAUGUGGAAAUGAUAUGCAUGUGCAUCUACGAAUUUAUUCACUUGAUGGGACUGGGUAUUAGAACUGACUGCAAAACUAAUGGGUAGAAAUUUAGGCAGCAGCAUAUAGCUGCUGCCUAAAUUUGGGUUUUUGACUAAAAGAAAUGGGAAAGUGUUGGUGAUGAGGGGAUUUGUGGGAGCUAUAACAAGAUCGGAGUAUUAUUAAAGUUAUAUAUGUUUUUCCAGUCCUCUUUUUUUAAUGUAGAUUCACAAACUGUGUUUUACUUUUUGCUGUGUAUAUUUGCACAUGGAGAGUCUGGUGGGAAGAGGGAAUGAUUAAAUGUAGUUGAUGGUCCCUAAAA